UUUACAAAUUUGCCAUCAAAACAGCUGCUUACUCUUUCUGUUCAUUCUCCAAAUGCUUGGAUGGUCGAAAGUGUCUAUGCCGAAGCUGAUCUUGACAACAUUCGAAUGGAAUCGGCCCAGUCUGAUGUUCUUGCCGAGUUUUCUCUGGAGCACAUCCUCCUAGAAGGACAUUGCUUCGAUGAGGUAUCCGGUUCACCUCCGCGUGGGUUACAAUUCGUGCUUGGGACACCUGCACAUCCGACGAGGUUCGAUACUAUUGUGAUGGCUAAUCUCGGGUACUUCCAACUGAAGGCCAGCCCAGGGGCAUGGGUAUUGCAAUUGCGAGAAGGGAAAUCGAAAGAUAUAUACCAGUUAUCAGAAAGCAUGGAAGGUGAUGUUAACAGUAGCGGAUCAAUGCGGGUACUUAUAGUCAGUCGAUCCUUUGAGUACUAUUGGUAUGUUUUAGACUCGUUUUCUGGUAAGACUAUACGCGUUCGAGUGGCAAAGAAACCGGGAAUGGAACAGCGUAGUCUCCUGGCAAGCGAUGAUGAGGAGGGCGGCGGUAUCUGGAGCACCAUUAGUAACACCUUGGUACAAGAAAAGCACAAAGUAAUCAAUGUGUUCUCCCUGGCGUCCGGUCACCUGUAUGAAAGAUUCAUGAAUAUAAUGAUGUUGUCUGUUAUGAAGCACACUAAGAAGCCUGUGAAAUUUUGGCUUCUGAAGAACUACCUCUCACCUCAGUUCAAGGUUCGGUUGGUUUUUGGUUGA